AAACCUUCCAUUACGAAGUUGAUUCGUUCGUCGUCUGUGCAAAAGUGCUUAUAAUAACCACAAGAUGGAAUCUGAAAUUAAAGAGUUCUAUAAAGACAAAACCAUUUUUAUAUCCGGUGCAAGUGGAUUUUUGGGAAGAGUGAUCAUUGAGAAGCUGCUGCGUGCCACAGAGGUAAAGCGCAUCUACGCGUUGAUUAGACCCAAGCGUGGCAAGGACAUACGGGAGCGUAUUGCGGAAUGGAAAACUAGUCCACUCUUUGACGUACUGCUCAAGGCAAAGCCCAAUGCAUUGGAUUGCAUUUGUGGCAUAGCCGGAGACUGCGCGGAACCUGAGCUUGGCAUCAGUGCGGUAGAUCGGGAGUUGCUCUUGCAGCAGACGGAACUGGUGAUGCACAGCGCGGCUACGGUCAACUUUACCGAGCCACUGCACGUGGCAUUGGAUAUAAAUACUAGAGCCACUCGCUGCAUGCUGCAGCUAGCUAAGCAGAUGCCCCGCCUGGUGGCCUUCGUGCACAUCUCCACGGCCUACUCUAACUGCGUAAUUCAUCACAUUACGGAUCGCUUUUAUCCUGAGCAUCUCAGCUGCCACGUGAGCCAGGUGCUGCAACUGAGAGAAAUGCUAAGCACGGAUAUGUUCGAUCGGAUGGCUCCAGUAUUGCUAGAUAAGUUUCCCAACACAUAUACCUACACGAAGGCGUUGGCAGAGCAGGUGAUCCAAACGGAAUCUGGAGAUUUGCCGGUAUGCAUCUUUCGUCCAGCUGCUAUUGUUGCCAGCUCCAAAGAGCCUGUUUCCGGCUGGAUAGACAACUUGUACGGACCAAUUGCCGUGCUCUACGGCGUUGCUAUUGGUGUGCUACGUGUUGCGCCUAUCGAUAAGGAGGCUCCCUCGAACAUUGUACCCGUGGAUGGGUGUAGCAAUCUAGCCCUGGUUGCUGCAUGGCGUACGGCUAUGGAUGCAAAGAAGACUGCUGCGCCACCUACGGCUACUAUCUACAACUAUGUGGCUACUGGGUCGAACGCUAUUAAGAAUAAGGACUUUACGAACGCCGCGGAGGGUGUACGAUUAGAUUUUCCUUUAGAACAGUCGAUUUGGUAUCCGUUCCUGCACACCACCACGUUUAUUUGGUUAUACAAGCUGGCGACCAUCUUUUACCACCUGCUGCCCGGCUUCUUGAUCGAUGUGGCGCUGCGAGUGCGCGGUCAGAAGCCGAAGAUGGUUCGCAUCUACGGCAAGAUCCAUAAGAAUAUCGAUGUCCUGCAGAACUUUUUGACCGAAAGCUGGACCUUUGAAACACCAAAUGUGGAUCGAUUAAGACAGAGCAUGUCUGCAGUGGAUCAGCAGCUCUUCGACUUCGACUUAAAUGGUCUGAACUGGAAAGAAUAUUUCUAUCGAGCUUUCAUGGGCAUGCGCGCCUAUCUGGCUGAGGAGCCUCCAACUGAAGAGUCAUUGAAGCGCGGUCGCCUGAUAUUAAAACGUUUUUAUAUACUUCAUCGACUACUGCAAUUUACUUUGAUUUGCAUUGGUAUUCUGACUGCGAGAUGGAUUCUUCGACUAUUCCUAUAAACUGUUGAUCUUAAAUAUAUCUCCUAAUCUUAAAAAGAAAAGACGUUUUGAUAAGG